AUGCCUAAGGAAAAGACCACCCGCAAAACCAAGGUUCGCGGUGAGAAGAAGAAGAAGGAUCCCAAUGCUCCUAAGCGUGGUCUAUCCGCCUACAUGUUCUUCGCCAACGAGCAGCGCGACAACGUCCGCGAGGAAAACCCUGGCAUCUCUUUCGGCCAAGUGGGCAAAGUCCUCGGAGAGAGAUGGAAGGCCUUGAACGAGAAGCAGCGCGCCCCUUAUGAAGCCAAAGCUGCCGCUGACAAGAAACGCUACGAAGACGAGAAGGCGAGCUAUAAUGCCCGGCGCAAGGCGCAAGAUGACGACGACGAGUCUUCCUAG